GAUGAAAGGGAAUCCUAAGUUUGAUGUGGCCAACACCAUUAGAUGACACAAGCGUUGGCCCCACAAUAAUUAAGCAUCACCGGCAGGUGCGAGCACCAGAGAUAAUUGAGAUGUAGCUCAAUAAUCCAUUGCCACUCCCUUUUUAGAUACCUCUCUUAUUUGCCAUUAACUUCCACCUUGGAUUAUCCCUAUUUAAGAGCAAGCACCCCACUUAUUCAAGCCUCUGUACCAUAAAUUUCUCCGUUAAUCUUCCAAUUAGAUUGAAGUGUUGCUGCUAUGACUUUGCAGAGAGAGGAAGAAGCAGACAAGAUACAAAAUAAUAACCAAGAUACUGAGUCCAAAACAAGUGACAACGAUGAAGUAACUGCUGGAGAUGAUAACUUGGGAGAAUGGUUGAGUUUAGGCCUCAACAGAAAUGAGUCCUUGACAGUUGGACAUUCUGAUUCCCAAUCAAAACCUGCCAGUAACAAGGUUUUCUCUUGCAACUUUUGCAUGAGGAAGUUUUUCAGUUCACAAGCCCUGGGUGGUCACCAAAACGCACACAAAAGAGAGAGAGGAGCUGCCAAAAGAUUUCAGUCUCACAAGACGAUGAUGACAACAAUGGGGUUUCCUUUCAAUUCCUUAACGACUCGAUCACUCGGUGUGCAGCCUCACUCGCUCGUGCGCAAGCCUAGUGCAGAAGGGUCUUCCACGGUAGCGCGAUUUAGUGAAGCUAACGCAGGAUUUGGGAUGACUUGGACACCCUUCAUGGCAGAAGAAGCAAUGGAUUUGACUUGGCCAGGAAGCUUUCGCAUGGACAAGUUGCCAAAGCUAUCAUCGGAAGUAAAUAAGCUUGAUUUAAAUCUUCGGCUUUGAUACAUUAUCCUUCUGGUUUUAUCUCAAUAUAUGUUAUCUUUUAUUAUAAAUUUCAACCAUGUAAUAUGUUGUUGCAUAUGUUGAUCCAUCAAAUAAAGUAAAUAUAUUAACUUUA